AUGGACGACGGCAUAGAGAACAAGGAGGCCAUUGAAGAUGUUUCUGCGGAGCAAAGACCCAGCACACCGGUCAAACUUGGGGAUCCUGUUAUGCGCUCGCGUGAAGAUGAUCUCAGUGUAUGGCGAUGUGCACUCAGAUUCAAAAAACUGUCAUUGAUUGCCAUGAUUGCUGCUUUUAGCGCCUCGCUCGACGGUUAUCAAAUCAACCUCAAUGGCGGUAUUGUUUCGAAUGAAGGUUUUAUUCAACAGAUGACCUCUCCAGGCACAACGAUAAUCCCGGCUAAAUAUACCUCUGCAUGGGGUGGCAUCCAAUCCACAGGUCAAACAGUUGGACAGAUUCUUCUUCAAUUUGCCGCGGAGAAAUUUGGUCGCAAAAUUGCACUUUAUAUUAUUUGGGGCUGUCUUGUCAUUAGCAUUUUUAUUGAAUCUUUUGCCACACACUGGGAUCACUGGCUUGUAGCCAAGCUAUUUUCGGGUCUCGGUGUAGGCAUGUUACAAUCUACAAUGCCUCUAUACUUAUCUGAGAUCGCUCCAACACAGCUCCGAGGAUUUUACAUCAACGCAUACAGCUUCUGGUUUGUGGUUGGUCAAAUUUUUGCUUCGGUAGCCUUACAGCGACUCAAAGCGAAUGAUCCCCUUGAAUUUCGAGUUCCGAUUUAUACACAAUGGGCUAUGAUUGGUGUCAUUGCUUUGAUCUUUGUACCUCUUCCAGAGUCACCAUGGUGGCUUGUAAGCAAAGGCAAGCUCGACAAAGCCGCCAAGGUCUUGCAAAGUUACAAUGGGAAAGUUGAUGGAUAUGAUGUUCAGGAGCAACUUGAAGUCAUGACCACUACUGUCGCACAGGAACGCAUUCUUGCGGAGCAAAAUUCAAAGGUAGGGAUAUGGGAAGUUUUUAAAGGCCGAAAUUUCAUUCGAUUCAUUAUCGCGAGUUGGCCAAAGAUUGUUCAGCAAUUCGUUGGCUUGUCUGUAUUCAAUACUUAUGCGACUUACUUCUUCCAAUACGCCGGAAAUAAAAAUCCGUUUACGGUGACCGUCAUUCUGUCAUGUGUUCAGCUGAUUUCGGUUCUUCUCACCGCUACUACUACCGAUCGAUUUGGCCGUCGGCCUUUAACAGUCUAUCCCUACGCCGUGACCAGCAUCUCGGUCUUUUGUCUAGGCAUCAUUGGAUGUUUCGAUUACACCAAAACAGCUACUAGUUCACUUUUGGUAUUUUUCGCGUGCCUGGCCACUUUAUCUACCACAGGAGCUUCAGCUAUUGGAUAUGCCUAUGCUGCAGAGGUUCCUCAGCAGCGCUUGCGUGCAAAGACUGCGGGCUGGGCACUUGCGUUUUCAAAUAUGAUUGCGAUUAUGUUUAGCUUCUGUACACCAUUGAUGAUCAAUGGCAGUGCCCAAUGGGGUGUGAAAACCGGAUUCUUGUAUAUCGACCCUCCACGUACUUUAACCAUUAUCGCAGCUAACGCUUAUUAUUUUGACAGCUUUGCCGGGACAGGUACAAUUUCUACGGUGAUUGCCUGGUUUAUACUUCCAGAAUUGACACUCCGAACGCCUGCUGAGAUCGAUGAGAUGUUCGAGAAAAAGGUUAAUCUUCGCAAAUUCAAAGGAUAUGUCACUGAGGUACAAAUGCAGGCCAACGAGCGGCACCGGACAGAGGAGCUUACUUAG